CAGUCCACCCAUCUAUCCCAACAAUUACAGCCACAGAAGCUAAUUAAACUAAGUAGACAAAAUACACCAUCGCCGCAUCAAUCCAACACUAGUGGUCCAUUACACAAAAUCUCCGAACGUUCUGUGACACCCUGCCACCCCAGCAAGGAGGACAAUGACAGCGAUGCCCCAAUCGAGAUGACAACAACCCAUCAUGAUGAGGCAGCAGCCAUACGGGAUCGUGACAGUGGCAAUUCGAGUGCAGCCACCACCAGUUCCAUUACCUCGUCGAUGAUUUAUAAGGAUUCCUUAGAGCAAUUAUUGCAGCGUCGUCACUCCGGACCAACACUGGCUGCCGAGGCCGGAUUGAAGACUUAUUCGCAAAUUUUAAUGAACUCCAGCACUCCAACGGAUACCUCAAGUUGUAAGGAGAAAAGCUCCUCUUCAUCUACCUCAUCUACACCGCCGCCAGCUCCUGGAACGCCAGGUCAACUUUCACUUAGCCGUAGUAGUAUGCUGAAAAGUCCCUCGGAUACCUCAUCGCUGUUCAGCGAACCCAUCGAAGAGGAGACGCGUUGUGUGGUGUGCAAUGCCCAUUUUCCAAAUGUUUGGCUGUUGGAACAGCAUGCAGCCCUGCAACAUCCCCUAUUGGGACCAGCUUAUGCCAAACACAAAGAAACCAAUCAUCGUUCGCGUCUACCCGCUGACAAACUUUUCACAUGCGAUGUCUGCGGCAUGCAGUUCCGUUACUUGAAAUCAUUCAAGAAGCAUCGUCUAAAUCAUGCCCUUGAACGAUUGCAUGGCAAGAAGGGUAAACAUCCAUUUGCCAUGCAUCUACAUCAGCAAAUGCAGGAACAUGAAAUGAUUAGCGGUGGACAGGAAUCGUCAAUGGGUGUGAUGGGUCCAGAAGUCGAUGUAGUUGAAGAUUUGCGCAUUAAUAUCAAAAAGGAACGAGAGGAUGAUGAUUCUCAGCAACAACAACACCCACAAAGGCAUGAUAAUGAACAGAAUGAUGGCAUUGACUCGACCAGAGUCCAAGCCCAGACCAAUACGAAUGAGCCGAACAUUGAAUGCUCUGAUGGAAUACAUAGUACAAAUAAGAGGCAACGCCUUCUUAAUGCUCCACCACCAUCCCACAUGGAAACCGAUCCCUCCUAUCAUCAUAUAUCGCAUCAACUUUCUUCGAUUCCUACGUCACACCAGCAACAACAGCAUCACUCACAGCACCAUUUGCCACCACAUCAUCAUCAUUCACAUCUUAACUCUCAACUGCCUGGGCAUUUGGCCCACAAUAUGUCAGCUAUGGCAGCAGCUGCCGCUGCAGCCACAACGCCCCAGCAUCAACAACAAAUUACGCCCCAAACAGCCCAGCAGGCUGCUGUGGCAGCUGCAGCCGCGGCUGCAAAUUCAAUGAAUUCCUUAAAUUCACUCAACUCAAUAACUUCUCUCAUCAAUGCUGAGCGCUUGCCCAAUGAACAGUUUUUGGGUUUAAAUCCGCAGGAGGCAUCGAUAUUGAAUUUUCUACGUGUUGAUGCUCAAGAAAGGCAACGUGACAAAAGACCUCCAGCAUCUCGUUUCGCCUGUCCCUUCUGUGGCAAAUGCGUGCGUUCCAAGGAAAAUCUGAAACUACACGUACGCAAGCAUACUGGAGAAAGGCCUUUCGUUUGUCUCUUCUGUGGUCGUGCCUUUGGCGGCAAAUCCGAUCUGACACGUCACCUGAGAAUCCAUACCGGUGAGAGGCCUUAUCACUGUGAAUCAUGUGGCAAGUGUUUUGCUAGAGCCGAUUAUCUGUCUAAACAUUUGACAACACACAUACACAAUGCUCCACGCUGAGAUGAGGUGCGAAGGAGACGACUCCUUCGCCGCUAGGUGUUUGGUAUUUUUCAAACCUGCCGCCGGCCUAGAACAACAUCAACAACAACAUUCACAAGCAAAUAUCAAAGGUUAUGUGGAGAGAAAAUAAAAAAGGAUUCUUGAAUAAUACGUAAGAACUUUGGUAUCUACAACUACAUACAUAGAAAUAAACAUACAAUUAUACACUUACGUAACAUACAUAAUACUAGGAACGUCUAUUUUCCAAUAGAAAACAGACUAAACACCGGAAAAUGUUCUGUCACGAAUGAAACAAAACUAAAACUACCAACUUUGUUCAAAUUUUGAGGCGUA